CCUUUUACCGCAAUAAACAGUACAGCCAGGACUCGGAGACGACUCGGACUCGGACAGGAUCUGGAUUAGGGUGACCGGGCGAAAGAGCCGGACGUUGGCUCUAACUUGGCUGGCGGUCCGAGGAGUGGAAGGGAAGCGAACUUCAGCUCGGCGUCGCCUCCGCAGCUGGGACGCACACGCUUUGCGUCAUGGCGGGCUGAGACAGAUGAUGAAUUCCGGUGUGCAUGUCAGGGUUGCUGUGUCACUCGGCCCGUUCGGCGCUCCCCUUUCCCGUCGCCCUUCCGCGCCGGCUCUCGGGCUCUUCCGGUCCUCAGCGGCCCUUCACCUGCAGGCCCCUCGCACGCCGCGCUCGGGCGCACCCCCGGCCACCCCUGCGAACUGAUCUCGCGCGGUGCCUGGGUCCCGGGCGCCGGACCGACGAGGGCCAUGGCCAGCGGCGCCGCCAGGUACCGGCUGAGCUGCUCGCUCCCAGGCCACGAGCUGGAUGUGCGGGGCCUGGUAUGCAGUCUGUAUCCGCCGGGGGCCUUUGUGUCCGUGUCCCGAGACCGCACUACCCGCCUCUGGGUCCCCGACAGUCCUAACAGGGGCUUUACAGAAAUGCACUGUAUGAGUGGUCACUCCAAUUUUGUAUCUUGUGUAUGCAUCAUACCUUCAAGUGACAUGUACCCUCAUGGACUAAUCGCCACUGGAGGAAAUGACCACAAUAUUUGCAUUUUCUCACUGGAAAGUCCAGCACCGCUUUAUAUACUGAAAGGUCACAAGAAUACUGUUUGUAGUCUUUCAUCUGGAAAAUUUGGGACAUUACUUAGUGGCUCAUGGGACACCACUGCUAAAGUCUGGCUGAAUGACAAGUGCAUGAUGACCUUACAGGGUCAUACAGCUGCAGUAUGGGCAGUAAAGAUCUUACCUGAGCAGGGCUUAAUGUUAACUGGAUCAGCAGACAAGACUAUUAAAUUGUGGAAAGCUGGAAGGUGUGAGAGGACUUUUUCAGGGCAUGAAGACUGUGUAAGAGGUUUAGCAAUUUUGAGUGAAACAGAAUUUCUUUCCUGUGCAAAUGAUGCUAGUAUUAGAAGGUGGCAGAUCACUGGCGAGUGUCUUGAAGUAUAUUAUGGACAUACCAAUUAUAUUUAUAGCAUAUCUGUCUUCCCAAAUUGUAAAGAUUUUGUAACAACGGCAGAAGACAGAUCGCUGAGAAUCUGGAAACAUGGGGAAUGUGCUCAAACAAUCCGACUUCCAGCUCAAUCUAUUUGGUGCUGCUGUGUUCUAGACAAUGGUGACAUUGUGGUUGGUGCGAGUGAUGGUAUUAUUAGAGUGUUUACAGAAUCAGAGGAUCGGACAGCAAGUGCUGAGGAAAUCAAGGCUUUUGAAAAAGAACUCUCUCAGGCAACCAUUGAUUCCAAAACUGGUGAUUUAGGGGACAUUAAUGCUGAGCAGCUUCCUGGGAGGGAACAUCUGAAUGAACCUGGUACUAGAGAAGGACAGACUCGUCUAAUCAGAGAUGGGGAGAAAGUUGAAGCCUAUCAGUGGAGUGUUAGUGAAGGGAGGUGGCUAAAAAUCGGUGAUGUUGUUGGCUCAUCUGGUGCUAAUCAGCAAACAUCUGGAAAAGUCUUAUAUGAAGGGAAAGAAUUUGAUUAUGUUUUCUCAAUUGAUGUCAAUGAAGGUGGACCAUCAUAUAAACUUCCAUAUAACGUCAGUGAUGAUCCCUGGUUAACUGCAUACAACUUCUUACAGAAGAAUGAUUUGAAUCCCAUGUUUUUGGAUCAAGUGGCUAAAUUUAUUAUUGAUAACACAAAAGGUCAAAUGUUAGGACUUGGGAAUACCAGUUUUUCAGAUCCUUUUACAGGUGGUGGUCGGUAUGUUCCAGGGUCUUCGUCAGGAUCUUCUAACACACUGCCUGCGGCAGAUCCUUUUACAGGUGGUGGUCGUUAUGUGCCAGGGUCUGCCAAUAUGGGAACUACCAUGGCUGGAGUUGAUCCAUUUACAGGGAAUAGUGCCUACCGGUCAGCUGCAUCUAGAACAGUGAAUAUUUAUUUCCCUAAAAAAGAGGCUCUCACUUUUGACCAGGCAAACCCUACACAAAUAUUAGGUAAACUGAAGGAACUUAAUGGAACUGCACCUGAAGAGAAAAAGUUAACUGAGGAUGACUUGAUACUUCUUGAAAAGAUACUGUCUCUCAUAUGUAAUAGUUCUUCAGAAAAACCCACAGCCCAGCAACUUCAGAUUUUGUGGAAAGCUAUUAACUGGCCUGAAGAUAUUGUCUUUCCUGCACUUGACAUUCUUCGGUUAUCAAUUAAACAUCCCAGUGUGAAUGAGAACUUCUGCAAUGAAAAGGAAGGGGCUCAGUUCAGCAGUCAUCUUAUCAGUCUUCUGAACCCCAAAGGAAAGCCAGCAAACCAGCUGCUUGCUCUGAGGACUUUUUGCAACUGUUUUGUUGGCCAGGCAGGACAAAAGCUCAUGAUGUCCCAGAGGGAAUCACUAAUGUCUCAUGCAAUAGAACUGAAAUCAGGGAGCAAUAAGAACAUUCACAUUGCUCUGGCUACAUUGACCCUGAACUAUUCUGUUUGUUUUCAUAAAGACCAUAACAUUGAAGGGAAAGCUCAAUGCUUGUCAGUAAUUAGCACAGUCUUGGAAGUUGUACAAGACCUAGAAGCCACUUUUAGACUGCUUGUGGCUCUUGGGACACUUAUCAGUGAUGAUUUAAAUGCUGUACAGUUAGCCAAGUCUUUAGGUGUUGAUUCUCAAAUAAAGAAAUAUGCCUCAGUAUCAGAACCAGCUAAAGUAAGUGAAUGCUGUAGACUUAUCCUAAAUUUACUGUAACAAUGGAGAUGUGGCUGAGAUUUUAAAUUGAUUAGUGUUUUUUCUCACAUUUUACAUGACUGAUUACAGAUGAUAAAAAAAAAAAAAAGGCUGUGGAUUAAGUAAAAUUUCAGAUCUUGUAAAGUGGGGGUAAGAGGAGACAAAGAAGAAAUAAAAUUUUUGCACUGAU